UCCUUCCUGUGUGGAGCAGAUCCUGGCAGCAGGCACAUCUGACCCGGUGCUAGCUCCAUCCUUGGCGCGGUAUCCAUGGCAACAGACUGCGAGGGGUGCGCGCCUGGUACCCAGGCAGCUAUAACUGUGGCGGAGGAAGGUGAACGUGUCAAACCUUUCACGCCAGAAAAAGCAAAAGAAAUUAUAAUGUCUCUACAGCAGCCUGCAAUCUUCUGUAACAUGGUUUUUGAUUGGCCAGCACAACACUGGACUGCAAAACACCUUUCCGAGGUCCUGCAGGGCAAGCAGAUACGGUUUCGAAUGGGCCUGAGAAGUACAGAUACAGUUCCUCAGUUUGAAACUGCAUGUAGUUAUGUGGACGCUACACUUGAGGAGUUUCUGGCCUGGAACUGUGACCAGUCUAGUGUCUCCGGACCAUUUAAAGAUUAUGACCAUUCCAAAUUCUGGGCUUAUGCUGACUAUAAAUAUUUUGUCAAUCUGUUUGAAGGCAAGACAGAUGUUUUCCAGGAGGUGAUGUGGUCUGACUUUGGGUUUCCUGGAAGAGAUGGACAGGAAAGUACAUUGUGGAUCGGCUCCCUGGGAGCCCAUACUCCUUGCCAUCUGGACUCCUAUGGCUGCAACUUAGUAUUCCAGGUACAAGGAAGGAAAAGAUGGCAUCUCUUUCCUCCUGAAGAUACGCCUUCCCUUUAUCCAACCAGAAUUCCUUACGAAGAGUCUAGUGUGUUCAGUAAAAUCAAUGUUGUCAACCCUGACUUUAAGCGUUUUCCUCGGUUCCAGAAAGCUCGGAGACAUACGGUCACGCUGAGCCCAGGACAGGUUCUGUUUGUUCCCAGACACUGGUGGCAUUAUGUGGAAUCCAUUGAUCCUAUCACUGUCAGUAUAAACUCCUGGAUUGAGCUGGAAGAGGACCACCUAGCGCGGGUGGAAGAGGCAAUCACCCGCAUGCUCGUGUGUGCCCUGAAGACUGCAGAAGAUCCGCACCACCCUAGAGCCUGGCUGAACCCCACUGAGGUUGAAGAAACAUCUCAUGAAGUGAAUUGCUGCUACUUAAAUGAUGCUGUUUGUGCUUUUUUUGCUCACUGUGGAAAAGCUAAAGAAGUAGAAAUGCAGGCAUUGAGAGCAAACGGGGAGAACUGGAGGAAGGAAGAGCCAAUGGGGCAGGAUCACAUGGAAGCCGAACAGGCACACAGCCAGAGCUUUACAGCAGCACGGACUGAGAAACAGGAGGUCACAUGUCUGUUUGGCCCAGAUCUGGUCGCUGUGACACCCGCAUCAGACGAUCCACCUUCGGAGAAAGGAGGCGCAUUGGAAAAUGACAGCAAAGAAUGUAUCGACAGAGAUGGAGAACACGCUGCAGAAGUAUCCUGUGCCAGGAGAGGGGCAAGCACAGUGGUGGGGCAGGUCGCCUCAAGGUGCCCUGUGGCACCAUCACGGACAUCCGUGUCCACAGAUGACUUGCUGGACUGCCUAGUGAAUCCACAAGUGACGAGGUUAGUGGCCCAGCUUUUGAUACAAGGAAAAAGUUUGUGA